UAGUGUGAGCGCCGGACGGGCGGGGGGAGGAGGGCAAUCUCCCGCCAUUUUUCAAUAAUUUCCUCCGGGGCUGCCGAGGAGUCGCGGCGAAGGCUGGAUUCCGGGGCUUUGGGCAGUGCUCCGCGAGAGACCGGCAAACCCAAGGGGAAGUGCGGCGGCGGCGGCGACGACGACGGCUGCAGCGGCGUGGGGGAGGGCUUCUCACCCCCCUCCCGAGGGUCUUUCCCGUAGCGGCCUCCGCGCCGGCGGGGCUAGAGCGAAGAGAAUCGGGGCUCACGCCUCCCCCCGCCCCGGAGGGAGGGAGGGAGGGAGAGCGAGCGCGCGCAGGAGAGCGCGCGAGAGCAGCUCGCUCCGGGCCGAGAGCUAGGCCUAGCGUCGCGCGCCGGCCGGGGCUCGCGGAGCAGCCGCCCCCCUCCCUCUCCCUGCGCUCUUCUCCCUCCUCCCCCUCCCCUCCGGGCCGGCCUCGGUCCCGCUCCGGCUCGGGCUCGGGCUCGGGCUCGGGCCGGGCCCGGCUCCCGCCGCCGCGAUGGCGCCGCUGCUGGGCCGCAAGCCGUUCCCGCUGGUGAAGCCGCUGCCCGGAGAGGAGCCGCUCUUCGUCAUCCCGCACACGCAGGAGGCCUUCCGGACCCGGGAAGAGUAUGAGGCCCGCCUGGAAAGAUACAGUGAACGUAUUUGGACCUGUAAGAGCACGGGGAGCAGCCAGCUGACUCACAAGGAGGCUUGGGAGGAAGAGCAGGAAGUUGCUGAGCUCUUGAAGGAGGAGUUCCCUGCCUGGUAUGAGAAGCUUGUGCUGGAGAUGGUCCACCACAACACCAUCUCCUUAGAGAAGUUGGUCGAUACUGCCUGGCUUGAGAUCAUGACCAAGUAUGCUGUGGGGGAAGAGUGUGACUUUGAGGUUGGAAAGGAAAAAAUGCUCAAGGUAAAGAUUGUGAAAAUUCAUCCUUUGGAGAAGGUGGAGGAGGAGACUUCUGAGAAGAAAUCGGAUGGUGCCUGUGAUUCUCCAUCAAGUGACAAAGAGAACUCUAGUCAGGUGGCCCAGGAUCAUCAGAAGAAGGAUCCGGUCAUAAAAGAGGAUGAAGGCAGGAGAGAUAGUAUCAGUGACAGAGCACGCAGGUCUCCUAGAAAACUUCCUACCUCCUUAAAGAAAGGGGAAAAGAAAUGGGCCCCUCCAAAAUUUCUGCCUCACAAAUAUGAUGUCAAACUGCAAAAUGAAGAGAAGAUCAUCAGCAAUGUCCCCGCAGACAGCUUGAUUCGCACGGAGCGGCCGCCCAACAAAGAGAUUUUGCGGUACUUUAUUCGCCACAACGCUCUCCGUGCUGGCACAGGUGAAAACGCACCUUGGGUAGUGGAGGAUGAAUUGGUAAAGAAACAUGCCCUGCCGAGCAAGUUCAAUGACUUCUUACUUGACCCAUACAAGUACAUGACUCUUAAUCCUUCUACAAAGAGGAAGAAUAUUGCAUCUCCUGAUAGGAAGCCCUCUAAGAAGCUCAAGACUGAGAGCUCUUCAGUGAACCAGGUGCUGAAUCCCACAUUAUGGUGUCAUGUUCACCUAAAGAAAUCCUUGAAUGGCUCCCCCCUAAAAGUGAAGAACUCAAAGAAUUCCAAGUCCCCUGAGGAACAGCUGGAGGAGAUGAUGAAGAUUAUGUCUCCUGGGAAAUUAAAUACCACAUUUCACAUUCCUAAAAAGGGUCCCAUCUCCAAAAAGUUAGGGAAGAAUGGGGACAAACCCUUGAAAACAAAGGGUAGGAGCAAAGGCAUUUUAAAUGGACAGAAAUCUCCAGGAAAAUCCAAGUCCCCCAAAAAGGGCAUGAAGACGCCCAAAACCAAAAUGAAGCAGAUGACCCUCCUGGACAUGGCCAAGGACCAGAAAAUGACUCGGACUCCUCGGAGCUCUGGGGGCACACGGGCUUCCAGUAAGCCACACAAGCACCUCCCUCGCGCCCUCCACCUCAUUGCCUACUACAAGGAGAACAAAGACAGGGAAGACAAGAAGAGUGCCCUGUCCUGCGUCAUCUCCAAAACGGCCCGUUUGCUCUCCAGCGACGAUCGGGCCCGCCUUCCUGAAGAGCUCCGAGUUUUGGUUCAGAAGCGCUAUGAGCUUCUGGAGCACAAGAAGAAAUGGGCCUCGAUGUCUGAAGAGCAGCGGAAGGAGUAUUUGAAAAAGAAACGAGAGAGUUUGAAGGAGAAGCUCAAAGAGAAAGCCAGAAGGAAAGAGAAAGAAAUGUUGGAGAGACUGGAGAAGCAGAGGCGCUAUGAAGACCAAGAGCUGACAGGCAAGAGCCUGCCCUCUUUCCGGCUGGUAGAUACCCCCGAAGGGCUCCCCAACACCCUCUUUGGGGAUGUUGCUAUGGUGGUUGAAUUCUUGAGCUGUUACUCUGGGCUGCUUCUGCCUGAUGCCCAGUACCCCAUCACUGCAGUGUCCCUCAUGGAGGCCUUGAGUGCUGACAAGGGAGGCUUCUUGUACCUCAACAGAGUGCUGGUCAUCCUUCUACAAACCCUGCUCCAGGACGAGAUUGCUGAGGACUAUGGGGAGCUGGGGAUGAAGCUCUCUGAGAUCCCCCUGACACUGCACUCUGUUUCUGAGCUCGUUCGUCUCUGUUUGCGCAAAACGGACGUGCCUGAGGAGAGUGAGGGCUCGGACACAGUUGAUGAAAACAAAGAGACAGCCGUCUUUGAGGACAAUGAGGUCCAGGAUGAGUUUCUGGAGAAGCUCGAGACCUCUGAGUUCUUUGAGCUAACAUCAGAGGAAAAGCUGCAGAUCCUAGCUGCCCUCUGCCACCGGAUCCUCAUGACCUACUCUGUGCAGGAACCACAUGAGGCUAAGCCAAUGUCAGCAGAGCUGUGGAAGGAGCGACUUGCUGGCCUGAAGGAGGAGAAUGACAAGAGACGUGCUGAGAAGCAGAAGCGAAAGAGAUGGAAGCCAAAAAACAGAGAGAACGGGAAGGAAGAGAGCGGACUAGCCAGAUCUGAGCGAAAAAAAGAUGUGGCCAAGAUAGAGCCCCCGGUGGAGGCGGAGGGAGACAUGAUCAGUGCUGUGAAGAGCAGGCGGCUGCUGGCCAUCCAGGCCAAGAAGGAGCGAGAGCUUCAGGAGCGUCAGCUUCGAGUCAAAUUAGAGCGAGAAGCUGAAGAGGAGAGAAUCCGGAAGCACAAAGCGGCUGCUGAGAAGACCUUCCAGGAGGGAAUCGCCAAGGCCAAGCUGGUCAUGCGUAGGACCUCCCAUUGGCACGGACCGAACCACAACAGGUGGGUACUGCUAUUUUCAGAUGAAGUUCCUGGAUUAUUCAUCGAGAAGGGCUGGGUACACGAUAGCAUAGACUACAGAUUCACCCCGCCUCGAAAAGAACGCUCAGAACUGUCCGAUGAAGAUUGCAAUCCCCGAAGUAAAAAAACAAGCCUAGGGAAGAAUGCAGGCGUGACCCCCCACCCCGGCUGUGCAACAGAAGGUUCCGUCGAGAGCACUGUACCCAAGCAAGGACAGAACUUGUGGUUUUUAUGUGAUGGCCAAAAGGAACUAGAUGAAUUGCUGAACUGCCUCCACCCUCAGGGAAAGGAAAGCCAGCUGAAGGAGAGACUGCAGAAGAGGGACAUCACCCAUUCUAUCCACCUGGCCAGGAAAACAGAACCUGGCCUGAAAUCCUGUGAUGGCAACCAGGAACUCCUCAACUUCCUACGCAGCGACCUCAUGAGGUGGCAACUCGAUUGCAAAAAGGGGGGCCUUGGUUAUGUUGAGGAGACAUCUGAGUUUGAAGCCAGGGUCUUCUCCCUGGAGAGUCUAAAGGACUUUGGGGAGUGUGUGAUUUCCCUUCAGGCCAGUGUCAUCAAGAAAUUUCUUCAAGGUUUCAUGGCUCCAAAACAAAAGAGAAGGAAACACCAAGAAGAUUCCAUAGCAAAGACUGAGGAAGUAGAUGAAGAAAAGAAAAUGGCAGAAGAAGCGAAGGUGGCUUCAGCCUUGGAAAAAUGGAAGAUAGCCAUCCGAGAAGCCCAGACCUUCUCUCGAAUGCAUGUACUUCUGGGGAUGCUCGACGCCUGCAUCAAGUGGGACAUGUCUGCAGAGAAUGCCAGGUGCAAAGUGUGUCGAAAGAAAGGUGAAGAUGACAAGCUGAUCCUAUGUGAUGAGUGCAAUAAAGCCUUCCACCUGUUUUGUCUGAGACCGGCACUGUAUGAGAUUCCAGAUGGAGAGUGGCAGUGCCCAGCCUGCCAGCCUGCUACUGGUCGACGAAGCUGCAGGGGCAGGAAUUACACUGAAGAUUCAGAUGAUGAGGACGAUGGAGAGGAAGGGGAUUCAGAAGAGGAGGAGGAGGAAGAGGAGGAGGAAGAGGAGGAAGAUUAUGAAGUGGCUGGAGUUCGACUACGACCCCGAAAGCCAGCCCGGGGCAAGCACGGUGGCAUCUCGUCCGGGUCAAGGCCGGGCCGUCGUGCGGGCAAGAAGUUACAUCCUCCCGGGAGACCCCGGCAGAGGGCCCUGCCUGUAGAAGAGGCAGAAGUGGAUGAGCUGGUGCUUCAGACCAAAAGAGGCUCAAGAAGGCAGACCUUGGAGCUGCAGAAGUGUGAAGAGAUCCUCGCCAAGCUCAUCAAGUUCCGAUUCAGCUGGCCUUUCAGGGAGCCUGUGACCACAGAGGAGGCAGAAGAUUACUUUGAGGUCAUCAGCCACCCCAUGGACUUCCAGACGAUGAAGAAUAAAUGCUCGUGUGGCACUUACCGCUCAGUGCAGGAAUUCCUGUCUGACAUGAAGCAGGUGUUUGCCAAUGCGGAGCAAUACAACUGCCAUGGCAGCCACGUGCUGACCUGCCUGGCGAAAACGGAACAGUGCCUCGUGGCCCUGGUGCACAAGCACCUCCCGGGCCACCCCUACGUGCGCAGGAAGCGCAAGAAGCUCCCGGACCAGCCUUUGGAGGGGGAGGCAGGGGACAGUGACCCAGAGCCGCUGGGACAUCCCAGGGGGCGGAAGAGGAAGAAAUAAAAGGCGGCCAAGGACAGUGUCUGGGUGGCGGUGGGGGAGAAGACUGAGCGGGCCUCCCAGGGAGCAGUUCAGAGGGAGGGAGAACCCUGGGGGGGAGCGGCUCUUCUCUGAGGCCCCGCCUCGCUGCCUAGGCCUCGCCGACACGACUGAGAGAACUGAGCGCCUGCUUCCGAUAUAAUAAAUGUUGUUAGGCAAUGUUGGUACUAGGUUGGCUUCUGUGCCCAGAGUGAUCUCAAGAGGGGUGGAACGGGGAUGGGGGCAGGCGCUCUUGCUGCCAUGUUGAGAUUGUUAGGAAGUCAGUGAAAUGCCAAGGUGUUCCCUGCGAGUCCUGCCCCUCCUUGCUGAGAGUUCUCUCCUCCUUUACAGCCCCCGGGGGGCUACCAUAGAGGGCUCCAAUGCCUUCUGCGGCUGCCUGCAGUGCCGAGCCCCCGCUCUUAACCACGGGGAGGGAUUGUUUUGCUCCACAGGACCAAGAGAAACCAGGCCGAUGGGCUGUUGAUUUUAAAAUAUAUAUAUAUAUACAUACAUAUAUAUAUUUAUAUAUGGUCUUGAUUUUUUUGGAACCCCCUCUCCCCCAUCUCUUCCUCCUGCCCCCAGUAGAAGUGGGUACAUCCCCCUGUUAAGAGGUCAGUUCAUUUUUCACCAGCAUCAUGAGACAAUUUGGCUUUGAAGUGAUCUUGGUGGGCCCGAGGGGAUGUUCCCUUCAUCCCUCCACCCCCCAUGCAAUUGAGGCACUUCACUACCCAAAAGACUGGAGGUUCCUGUUCCCUUAGCUGGCUUCUAAUCAUGCAGCCAGUCCUUUCCUUGGAUGAAUCUGGCCUGAGGAGGGAUGUUGGCCCCCAGCCCAUCUCUCAGCCAGACAAGGUUUGGGGAGCAGAACAAAAGCAGGAAGAAUUUGAACGUGUAACUUUUUUAAAAAUUGAUUUUUCUAGUUAUUGAAAGUUGCUUGUUUCAGCAGUGAUAUUGUAUAAAGGACACCUUGUAAAAUAAUUCUGUCGUCUUGCUUUGGCACAUGUACAGGACAAUUUAUAUGAAAGCUGUGUUUGCUUAAUCCUUGUCUCCUUGCGUCCCCCACCCCACCCCCCAGCUCAUUGAAAGCCAGAAGGGGGGGGUCUCCACUCUAGGCCGGUGAGGGGGUCUGUAGUCUUGGCUCCCUGACAGCAAUGCCGCUCUCUUCUCAAGCUCCUUCCUCUGGCCAAGUGAGGAGGCCCUAGACUCCAGCUGGGAGAAUCUGAAGGUGUCAGUGGCCCCCAGAUGGAGAGCUCUUUCCUCCAUGAGUCUUUAGCCCUAGUUGUACUUAGGCAAAACUUUGUAGUCCUGAUUCCCUUUUAUGGCCAACUUUGAUAAAAAAAAAAUACAGAACAGGGUUCAAUUUUUUUAUCAAGUUUGAAUUUGGAAACCGAGUCAAACAGCUCUCGUGUACCUAUUUAAAUAAACCUGCAAAAGUGAUGUAACUCCUAGGAUUUGAGAAUAAAAUCUUUACUACCAAACUGCAAGGUGUGUGUCCCUAUAUAUCUUAUUUCGGGGGCAGAAAAGGAGGUGGCUGAAGUGGAUCGCUGCUCCCACGUUCUUGUCUAGAACUGGAGCCAGUGGUGACAUCCACAGCCUUGUCCUCCCUCCCCACAGGCCCAAUUCUUGUUAACUAUUGAGCAUCCGAUGUUACUUCAGUGACGUCUGAAUUGUAUGUUCCUUUUCCUCUUUGUUUUUGUUUUUAAAAAUUGUCAUUCAGGAGCAAAAGGGCCUGCCAGAGACCAGGCUUGUAAUAAAUUGAAAUUUCAAACAAUAAACGUUA